AUGAGUAAACUUUUAAAUAUUUUUAACCAGUUAAUAAGACCACAAGUCGAUCCCACUAUUGAAGAAGAAGUUAUGAUAAAUGUUAAUAUCGACGAUGAAUUAGCGGAAUUAAAAUUGAAAAAAUCAUAUAAUCUAAAACAAGUGAGAGAAGAGCUCAAGACAAAAGAAUUGAUAGAAAUAGCGGAUAAACUUAUUUUCAUAGGACGUAAAAGUGGUAAAAUUCCUGUUGAGAGCGAAGAAGGACUUAGAUGUGCGGAUAUCCUGGACGAAGAAAAAAAUACGAUCUAUCUUAAAAGGUUAAAAUGGUGCAUAUUAGGAAAAGAAUUCAAGCUUGGAAAUGGACGCACUACCACUUAUGAAGUAGCAACUAAAAGAGCAUUUAUUGUUGAAAAUUGUGAACUACUUAAAGCCGAUGACCCCAUUGUUGAUCAUAAUGAAACAAUAGAAUCUCGUGAAGAUGAAAUUCGGAAUAGAAAUUUAUUAUUUACGACAGAUGUAGAAAUUAAAAAUUUAGCGAAAUUAGCCGUAUCAAUGGGAUCUAAAAAAGAAAAACAGAACCAUUUUGAGUCUUCUUCAAUAAAAAAAUACAAAAAACGUAGUAAAGAAUGUUUGAAGAUCAUUAAAGUAAUUCCAACAGAAGAAUUUAAAAAUGCAGUGAAGGAUGCCAUUGACUCAAAAAGCAUAUAUAAAUUAGAAAGGAUCAAAGAUGAUUUUGGCUAUUUCAUUCCCACAAUAAUUAAAUUUGGUGGAAUAUUUCGUUACGAAAACGAGGCAUUAGAGACCAAACAUUCAAAAAAUAAGAAAAAAAAUGCUUCGAUAAAGUUGGGGGCUAAUGAUCAAAAGCUUGAACUUGAGCAUAAUAAGAACGUGUUUUAUGAAAAAGAAAACAAAUCACAACGCGAAAUUUUGGAAGUUUAUGGUGGUGAUGAGGAGAAACUCAAAAGAGAUAAAAACGAAAAUGCAUGGGCAUCCUCAUUAGAUGAUUUUAGAAAAUGGAGGCCGAUUGACUUUCAAAAACCUAAAUCCAUAUUUCAUUAUCUAAGCGAGGAUUUGCAAAAUGAUAUCAUGAAGCUAUUUGGAAAAAGAAUACUUUACGCCGGUGAACAAAAGCUUAACUUCGUAUACAAUGAUCCUGAGCAAAAUUUAUUACGUAAGUUAAAAAUUCCCCUAGAUAUUUUUUCAAACUUUAAUGAUGAUUGCCAGAUUUUUGCAACAGUCUCUAAUAUUGAAGAUAGUGAUAUCUUCACUUACAGGCUAAAUGCUUCAGAUAAAGAUAACGUAAUAUGUAUUCAUUGCAUUCAAUGCAGCCAGAAAAAGAAACCAAAAAAUUAUGAUAUCAUUAUACGCUGGAUAGUUGUUGGAUAUGAUUUUGAUUUUAAUUAUUUACCAUCAAACCUUAGCUUUCGACUUCAAAGUUUUAAAGAAAAAAUUAAUCCAAAAAAAAUUUCAGAAUCAACUAAUAAUCAUAUUUUGAAAAUAUAUGAGCGAAAUACUUCAGAAUUCUUUGGCAGAGAUCACCUAUUAGGCAUACCCGUAUUUAAAAAUGUGGAAAGUAAAUAUGAUUCGCUGGUUAUUGGGAGUCAUUUUUGCAGGUGUAACGACAAGAUCAAUACAUAUAUUUAUGGUUAUGAUUUAUAUAAGGAGAAAUAUUCAACAUGCGCAACUUUACCAGAUUUAGAAUUCAAUUUUCUUCAUUUUUUGGACCUUCCCGAUAGUACCAUAUUUGAUCAAUUUCAUAUUGAGUAUCCUAGAAAUAAUAGGAAAAAAGAGAAGAUUAAAGAUUUUUUUAUAAGGGAUAAAAAUGAUCCAAAAUCAAAAUUUGCCAACUUAUAUUUAUUAAAUUUACUUGAUGAAACGAAAUGCUCUCCGAAAUUUAUUGGCCAAAAUAAAGAAGAAUUUGUUAUGCACCAACUUGGAUGCACCUGUCAAGGUCACGGAUGUGAGAAUUCUAACCAUUUUAGCGAAAAAGUAAUUUACCAGGCUGAAUAUUUUAGCCCAAAUAUUACCUAUGAGAGAAUUGAAGAAAUUUCUAAUUAUAAUGAGAACUGA